UCCAAGAAGAAGAAGUAGAAAGAGGCGGGGUGGUGGAGAGCUCUAUUUCACCGCGUUUGCUCCUCGCUAAAUGUUUGCUUAGCUAGCCAGUACCAGUGUAUCUUGGAGAUAGCCCAGAAGACAAAGCUUCGUGCCGAAUAAGUGGAUGCAAUAAUCUGAAACGGCCUUGGCUCUACUCUCUAACGUUACACUAUGGCAGAGGCGGACAGACCGGGAAAACUGUUCAUUGGUGGUCUCAACACCGAGACCAACGAGAAGGCCUUGGAGCAGUACUUCAGCAAAUAUGGCAGGAUUGUUGAAGUUCUCUUGAUGAAAGAUCGUGAAACCAACAAAUCAAGAGGUUUUGCUUUUGUUACAUUCGAAAGUCCAGCCGACGCGAAGGAUGCAGCACGUGAGAUGAACGGCAAGUCCCUCGAUGGCAAGCCGAUUAAGGUGGAGCAGGCAACAAAGUCUCAGUUUGAAAGUGGAGGCAGGCGUGGACCGCCACCACCCAUGCACAACCGCAGCCGGGGUCCACCUAGAGGACCCAGAGGCUCCCGGGGAGCCCCCAGUGGCAUGAGGGGCCCUCCUUCCAGAGACUACUAUGAUAACCCUGGGAAUGUAGACCCCUUCUUUAAAGGGAUGUCAUCCAGAGGCCCCCCUCCCCUCAAGAGAGGGCCCCCAGUCCGCAACGGUGGCCCCCCACCCAAGAGGUCCGCACCGUCACCAAUGUCGGGUGACCGGGAUCCCUACGGGCCUCCACCCCCCCGCAGAGACUCCAUGUCCAGGAGAGAAGACUACCCGUCGCCGAGAGAUGACCACUACAAUUCCAAGGACAGCUACUCCAGUAGGGACUACAACUCCAGGGAUUCGAGGGACUAUGCACCCCCGUCCAGAGAUUAUUCUUACAGAGAGUACUCCAGUUCCAGCAACAGAGAUGACUACGGCUCAAUGUCGAGGGGAUACAAUGAGCGCGACGGCUAUGGCGGAGGUCGGGAGCCCAGGAGCUACAUGGAGCGCCCGAGUGGCGGCUCCUACCGAGACUCGUAUGAUGGUUACGGUAACUCUCGCAGUGCCCCACCCUCACGGGGCCCCCCGCCCUCCUAUGGUGGAAGCAGUCGCUAUGACGACUAUGGCAGCAGUUCCCGAGACGGCUAUGGCAGUCGUGACAGUUACCCGAGCAGUCGCAGCGAGCCCUAUCCGCCUAGCCGCGGGGAGCGCAGCAUGGGAAGGCCCGAGAGGGGCCCCCCUCCCCCGGUCGAGAGAGGCUACCCUCCUCGUGACUCGUACGCCGGCUCAAGUCGCGGAGCCCCCCGGGGGGCCCGCGGGGGCCCUCGGGUGGAUAGAGGAAUGGCCCGCAGCAGAUACUGAACACGAGGACAAUCGGAAUAAAUGCCACAGCGUUCUUUUUCACUGUAAAGUUACAUGUGUUGUCGAGCAAAAUUUUGGAAUGGGCCGACAAAGUUGACCCCGUUGCCAUGUCUAAUUCUGUGGAGUAUGAGCUUGUCCACUGUCUUUCCUCCCACUUUUACCAUUAGUUUUUAGUUAAGUGUAAAACGUUUUUUAUAAAUAUACAUAUUAUUUCUGCUGCCAGUGUAAUGGUUCAGUCACAUGUUUUUAUUUUUUACAUAGAGCUGUGAAAAUCUGCUUUGCCCCUUAGUUGUUGCUUUCCUACAAUAAAGUUAUUGGCCAGACAUUGUUUAUAGCUAAUUUCUCUUUUAAAACACGACCAGUAAUAUCAACCUGACACUACUAAGUAAGCAUCCUGAUGUUACCCCACAAACUGCACUAAAUGGCUUGGUUAAAACUUUUCCUACCUGAAUAAUUAAUCUGCUGACCUGAGGUAACUCUAAACCAACAUGUACUCUCAACUGGUCCUCCUGUUCCAUGGGGAACAAGCAAAAGUCACAUCAUCUGAAACUUUCCUUGGAAAUGGAUCCGUCAUCAUAGUCAAAGUAUGAAGGCUUUCAUCCAUCUAACCAAAGACCCCAACAACCAAACUCGAGUAUAUGCAACUCAACUGAUAAGCCAGCAGCUGGUAAGCAAAGCAAACCUCUUUGUUUCUCAUCUGUAACUCAGUUUAUCAUUGUCCUGUAUUCGUAUCUACUCAGCCAAUGGCCAACCCAUACCUCAAAAAAUCUGAAAGCUCCAACUGAGUUAGGGUUAACAUCUAGCCCGUUCACCAACCAAAAUUGUCAACAGAAGAUAUGGUCCUCGGUCGACCAAUGAGAAUCGGACAUCCAACUUGCCAACGGUUUCCAAGAUUGCUGAAGGGCACAACUCAAACCAUUAAACAAAAUCUGAUUUAACGAGAGCAUAUUUUUUUUUGUCGAAGGACAUGUAGUUUCUUAGCAAAAGGAUUAUGUGCUAAAUUGUCAUUCUUAGAUCACUUAAAGCAUUGUGUCACUUUCAAAACCUUUCCUAUCAUCAUGCAAUUUCAAAAACAAAUGGACUCCUGGACCCAACCGACUCCUUGAUGACAAACUGGAAGCUCGACUCCUGAAGUGCCAAACAAACUGAGCCGGACCAUAGACGACGUGGUUGUUUCAAGACAUUUGGAAAUACCUGAUUAGCUGUUGGCUAUGAGCUGAUAUUGGUGUUCUU